UUCGUACUGUUUACCAAAAGCUUCGCUGUUCUAUCAAAGGACACCCUGUCGUUAUCAAUAGAAACUCUUUUUGCCACCUUAUUUUACAGUGAUGACAUCGGGUCCCUUGUUUCAGUCUUUCGAAAUCUCAUUUCCAUGCUGUCUUGAAAUUUGCCAACCCCAAUCAGAAUUUCGUCUGCAGACAUCUCAACGAACUACUAGGCAAAAUAGUACUUCUUCCAUCAGUCAUAAACUUUUCUUUGACUUUCUAUCUCACUUAUAUGAUAUGGAGCGCCCACCCCGAGCCAAGCGCCAGCCUGUACGACUUAUUGAGCAGAUUGAUCUGACUGCUACCGGCGUGGUUGCAGGACUGAACCCCAAGCAGAUGUCAAAUGAUCAAACCAAGACCAAGCAUGUGACUUCCAAGUCUAAAAAGGCGCCUGAUUCUUUCCAGAUGGCAAAAAAGCCAACCCAAGCGGCUGCUGCAACGAAGCAGGCUACUGAUGCACGAUCUAGAACCAAGGCACAUGAGAAGAAGAGUCAUGUCAACCCUCAUUCGCCAAUGUACAGAGCUGUAUCUUCUCUUGAAAAACGGACUGGACCAGAGACUGCACUACUCCAGAGUAGAGAGUCUGCUCGUAAAGCAAGGACGCUCAAACAGUAUUCUUCCUCAUCUCGCAUCCUUAAUCCCCACAGCCAAAACAUCGAGGAGGUGCCCGCACCCAAUACCAGCACCAAAUCUAAGUUGGGGAAAAGACCAAGAGUAAAUUUCUUGUCAGACACUGAUGACGAAGAUGAUGAAGCCUUGGACGGACUCGCACAAGCCAUAGCAAAGAAAACAAAGACUUCACAUGCCAAUCCCCUGGUUCCACGCUCCAAAGCUAUGUCAACUUAUAAGGGUACUGGAGUCAAGAAGAACAGCGUCCACAAAGGGGACAAAUCACUCAAACACGCCAGAGCAGAACGGACUGUACCAAAAUCUGGACCUCGUUCUACCCACUGUGGCUCCACUACAGACGUCUCCUCGCCAGGGUACAUCCGUGAAUCGCACAACCCUCCACCAGACAACAAACUUGACGAAUACACUCGACUCUCACGCGGUCACAGCCCAGACACUAAUGUGUCUACCUCCUCUGAUGAUACCAGAAAUCAGAGGCGAUUGUCCGCACCGACCAUUCACGCGUUGAACAAGAAAUCCCACAGCCGUGUUAUCAGCACCACAUCCAACAUACCUGAAUCCCAGUUAUGCAAGUCACCCACAGUUCAAGAUGCCCAGGCCGAUCUCGUCAGAAGCGAAUUCCGCAGCUACCUCGACGGACGACCAGCAGGCCGGACCAUGGAGAGCUACAUGAGAUCGAUGGUCCGCAGGCACUUAUUCGACCGCAUCUAUGAGAUAAUCGAGGAUAUCGUGCGUGAACAUCUACAUGACCGGAUUGAGAAGAUCAUCGACGAAGAGCAGUUGAUACCGAAGAUGGUGAAAGAGUAUGAGGCUCAGAUUGGACGACAGCAGCGUGAGAAGGAUGAAGAGGAAGCGAAGAUUAAGAAGGCGGACAGAUCAAGGGAGAAGUUUGAUCAGGCGGCGGGUUUGAAGGCUCAGUCGGAGGCCCAGAAGCCAAAGAGAAAAGUCAAGCCGAACUUCGCAAAGGGAAGGGGCAUUAAGACAGCCCCUGUUCCGGAGACGAAGAGGGCUCAAAGAGAUGCAACGGUGCCGAAGAAGGCGCCGAGCAGGUUCUGGACGUAUGAACUGAGGGUAGACUAGAUGUCGGAGGACUACGAGUGGGAUGUUGGUGUAAGAUAAUCGGAAAUAAGAGUAUGCAGGAUAGGGAGAAAAUACUUGAAGAGACCAAAUAUUCAAUAUGGGUGUUCUCAAAGCAUG